ACUAGACCGUUUUUCCCUUAAAAAUCAUUCUCUUUUUCCGGAAACAAUUUGUCCGUUCACUUUUACAUAGCGUAGACCAUUUCCGGUAUCGCUGGACGCGUCAAUCUCAGUGUCUAAGGGAAGGAAAGUCAGUCUUAACACAAUGUUUGAUGUGUAAAACCCGGAAGUUUUAUUGGAGAUUUUAUCAAGAUGUUGAUGAGAAGUAAGGAGAGACUUUAUAGAACAUUGGAACUGACAUGGGUUAUUUUUCUGAUGCUGUUAGACUCGAUCGGCACCACGGGUCACAUGAACCAAAAAGUCUUGCUUGUGUCAUAUGAUGGAUUUCGAUGGGAUUACCUGAAGAAAAUUAAAAACCCGGUGAAUUUUAACCGUGUGAUAGCCGGAGGUGUACAUGCAACAAAAGGACUGAAGAAUGCAUUUAUAACAAAAACCCUCCCCAACCAUUACACACUUGUGACGGGUCUUUAUGAAGAGAGUCAUGGAUUGGUCGCUAAUGAAAUGUAUGAUCCUAAGUUAAACGAAAGUUUCUCUUUGGAAAAUCCUGAAGAUGUUAUAAAGUCAGAAUGGUUUGACAAUGGCGGUGAGCCCAUUUGGGUAACGAACCAAAAACAAUCAACGCUUUCUUCUCCGCGAAGGAGUGGAUCCAUGUUUUGGCCGGGCUCCAUGGCCAGUGUACAUGGGUACCUCCCGACAAAAUAUUUUCCUUAUAAUCCAUCGAUGACGUUAGAAGAACGAAUUGACAUCAUCAUAUCAUGGUUUUUGGAUAAAGAUCCAAUAAAUUUAGGUUUACUGUAUUACGAACAUCCAGAUCACGAGGGGCAUCAAUAUGGUCCAGAAAGUGAAAACAUGACACAGAUAUUAGAAUAUUUAAAUAACGCAACAGGGUAUCUUCUUGAUAGUCUAGAGAAAAAAAAGUUACUGGACAAAGUGAAUAUAAUUUUGACCAGUGAUCAUGGUAUGUCAUCAACACCAAAAAAUAAAGUAAUCGUACUGGAAGAUCAUGUAAAAAGAGAUUUAUUUGAAGUGAUAGUUAUGAACAAUCCAGUGGUUCUUAUCCGACAAACAAAUGAGACAGUCCAGGAUUUAAUUAUACGCCAGUUACAAAAUGUACCACAUCUAAAAGUUUACAAAAGAUCAGAAAUUCCACGGCAGUACCACUACACCAAGAAUCGUCGCAUUCUAGACAUCCUUGUGGUAGCAGAGAUAGGAUAUUCUAUUGUGGAAACUCAAGCAGAGGCAGAAAGCUAUGCGACAAAAGGAGAACACGGCUAUAACAACAGUCUGGCCGAGAUGCAUCCCUACUUCAUGGCCAUGGGACCAGCCUUCAAGAUCAACCACUCGGUGGAGACCUUCAAUAACGUAGACCUAUACCCAAUGAUUUGUAAGAUCCUGGGUAUUCAGCCAGCUCCAAAUAAUGGGUCACUAAAAAAUGUCCAGGAUUUACUGCGGGAAUCUCAUGAUAAAAAGGACCUUCUUGUGCCUGAUAAUACAUUUGUGGUUUAUCUGGUGCUGAUUAUCAUUGUGGGGAUAUUCGGAGGAAUUUUCACCAUCGGUGCCUGCCGUCAACAGAGAUUUCACAAACUCCGGGAGCUGCAAGCUCUUCCGUUCAAAUCGCGUGGAUCGUACACGCAGGCUGCUCUCACCAAAAAUGGCCCCAUGCUGCCUUUACUCAGUUCUGAUUCCGAAAACGAGUUCUGAUCUCCAGUGUCUACUCAUUUAAUUGUCCAGUUUGCCACAUUACAUUCCAUUCUUCUUCUAAAAAUCUGUAUCAUAAAUCAAGUGUGCCAUAUUUGUAGUAGUACAGUGAAACCUAUCUAAAUCCGACAUGCAAUGGGAGACAAACUUUGUGUUGGAAUAGACAGGGUGCCGGAUUGUACAGUUGUCGGAUAAGACAGUUUUCACUGUAUGAAUAUGUCAUAUAAUAAUUAGUGCAGUAUAUCUUUGCAUGCAAGUUUUAUACAUCUUCAGAAAUAAUGUAUUUUUUUUGGAGGGGGAGGUUACUGGGGAGAGUUAUCGGUCCAUAACAAGGAUACCCCAUACUGUAUACAGGGGAAU